AGAUAAUUUGUUAUUCAACAAAAAUUUGUCUCCUCUAUAUCCUCAUAUUCCACCCCACCAUCUUCUCUCCUCUCCUCUCGUUUUCAAUUCUCAGAUCGGAUCAAGCAUUUCAUCAAACACCCUCCGAUCAUCUCAUUAACCAUGUCAACCGCUGUCUUUAACGGCGAUGAAACGGCGCCGUUCUUCGGCUUUCUCGGUGCCGCUGCUGCCCUAGUUUUCUCCUGUAUGGGAGCAGCUUAUGGGACAGCAAAGAGUGGGGUGGGAGUAGCAUCAAUGGGAGUAAUGAGGCCUGAACUCGUGAUGAAGUCAAUUGUUCCAGUUGUUAUGGCUGGAGUGUUGGGUAUUUAUGGGUUGAUUAUUGCUGUUAUUAUUAGUACUGGAAUUAACCCUAAAGCUAAAUCAUACUACCUUUUUGAUGGUUAUGCUCAUCUUUCAUCUGGUCUUGCUUGUGGUCUUGCUGGUUUGUCUGCUGGUAUGGCUAUUGGUAUCGUUGGUGAUGCUGGUGUUAGAGCCAAUGCACAGCAACCCAAGCUUUUCGUCGGAAUGAUUCUUAUCCUCAUUUUUGCUGAAGCACUUGCUCUAUACGGUCUCAUUGUCGGCAUCAUCUUGUCAUCUCGUGCUGGACAGUCAAGAGCAGAUUAAAGUACAGUACUGAACUUUUGAUCAGUUAUGUUGUAGUGUUGAACACGGAUUGAAACAACAUUUAUGCCCUUUCUCCUUGCUUUCCUCUUCCAUUUUUCCCCUCUGGUGAAGGGCAGAGAUAUCCAGGUUUAUAAUUGUUAUAACUUAUUAGGUUACAUGUGGUGAAACUCUGGUUUACAUUAUGGUGGAAGACAUUGAUCUACCGUAUUCAUUUUAUACUCUGCUGCUAUUUUGUAGGCUCUUGCGGAAUAAAAAUUGCUUGCAAAGUUAUUUUUCUUUCAAUCUUUUUAUUGUAUGUAUUUUGCCUCAUGUUUUAUUGAAUAUUUAUGAUAUCCUUGGCUUUUGAAUGUGGAAUAAACGACUUGGUUGUAAAAGUAUUUUUGUA